AUGUUUCCACAGAAUGCACAGUUUCCUAUUAAUGCUUCUCUUAUCUAUGAUGGUCCACCUCAUCCUGCAUCAGAAUCAUAUGCAUGUGCUAAAAGAUCCCUAGCACAACUUACACAAUGGUUUCGUAAACAGCAUGGUUGUGACUUUAUUUCAAUAUUGCCUGGUAAUUUCUUUGGAGCUUAUGGUGAUUUUAAUCCCAAUACGGCUCCACUUGUUAAUUCACUUAUCGCAAAAAUGGAAAGUCAAAGAGAACGCAAUUUGUCAGCUUCUCUUACUAUGAUGAGCACGGGUACACCAUUGCGUCAAGUUAUCCCAGGUCGACCAAUCUGA